AUGCCUUCCAUCACGCAGACCCUCGUUUCUCUUCUGUCAGCCGCCGCGUACGUCGGCCAAGUCCGGGCGGUUGAUCCGUUCGUCGAUCUUGGCUACACGACGCUGCAGGGCGUCGCCGAGCCGGGCGGUGCGACGCGAUGGCUGGGCGUCAGAUACGCCGCGCCGCCGCUGGGCCCGCUCCGGUUCGCCGCGCCGGUAGACCCCCCAAGCACGACUGAGAUGGUCGAUGCCUCGAGCUUCCGCCCGAUAUGCCUCGCCCGGAGCGCGUCAGACUUCACGAUGAAGCCCAACAAACGCUUCACGCCCGCCGAGGACUGCCUGUUCCUCAACAUCUUCGCGCCGUCCAACGCGACGGCCGAGUCGAAGCUGCCGGUCAUGUACUUCAUCCAGGGCGGCGGCUUCCAGUCCAACUCCAACGCCAACUUCAACGGCAGCGACCUGGCCGUGUUCGGAAACAUCCUGGUGGUCCAGGUCAACUACCGCGUCGGGCCCUACGGUUUCCUGCAGAGCAAGGAGGUGCAGGCCGGGGCGAGCAUGAACAACGGCUUGAAGGAUAUGAUCCAGGGGUUGAAGUGGCUGAAGCAACACGCCGCCGCUUUCGGAGGAGACCCGGAUCACAUGGUCAUGUCGGGCGACUCGGCCGGCGCGACGGCCGUCGCCAUGCUCCUCGCCGCGUUCGGGGACAACGAUCCGGGCCUGAUCAAGGGCGCCAUCAUGGAGUCGGUCUCGGUGGCGACCAUCCGCACGCUCGACGAGGGCCAGGAGCAGUACAACUGCCUCACCAACGCCACCGGCUGCAACAAGGAGGCCGACACCCUCGCCUGCCUCCGCGGCGUCGACGCCGCGGCUCUCCAGACGGAGGAGUGCCAGUUCAACCCCAACCUGGACGGCGAUCUCGUCAAGGCCUCGACGCUGCAGCUGUUCGCCGAGGGCAAGUACCUCAAGGUGCCGACCAUCGCCGGCACGUGCACCGACGAGGGCACCAAGAACGUCGACCAGAAGACGGACACGGUCGAGGCGGCCCUCAAGUCCAUCAACGACCAGGCCACGCAGUCCCUCAGCAACGCCUCCCUCGCCCUGAUCCAGGAGACCUUCCUCGACAAGCCGGGGCCCGUGUUCCCGGACUCGGGCAAGCUGUGGCGCCCGCUCGCCAACGUCUUCGGCGACUUCCGGCUCAACUGCGUCACCAAGGUCUUCCAGGACGCCAUGGCCCGCGACGGCGUCAAGACCUUCAACUACCGCUACGGCGUGCUCGACGACGAGCAGGAGGCCCUGGGCUUCGGCGCCUACCACACCGUCGAGCUCAACGGCGUCUUCGGGCCCAACAACACGGACGGCGGCCCGCCCAAGAGCUACUCGACCACCAACGCGCCCAUCGUGCCGCUGACCAUGGCCUACUGGGCCAGCUUCGUGCGCACCCUCGACCCGAACGCCGCCGCCGUCAUGCCCGGCAUGCCCGAGUGGAAGCCCUGGACCGUCGACGGCAAGGAGAGGCUCCUCUUCCAGAACAACACGGGCACCAUGGAGGCCAUGCCCGCCACCCAGCAGGACACCUGCGCCAUGCUGGCGCCCAUGAUCACCUUCAUCGAGACGCCGGCCACCGAGGCCCAGAAGGCCUCCGUGCAGCUGCAGAAGGUCUCCUCCGGCUCGUCGUCGUCCGCCGAAGACACGGGUAUGGGCAUGGGCAUGGGCAUGGGCAUGGGCAUGGGCAUGGAGUCGGGGUGUCCGGCGAAGGGAGCCGAGGGCAACGGGACGAAGCACGACGGGGGCAUGGAGUCCGGGUCGCCGAAGGGCGCCAAGGGCAACGGCACGAAACACGACGGGGGCAUGGGCGAAGGCGGGAAGGGAGGCGGCGGCGGCAAGGGAGGCGGCGGGAAGAACGGCACCAGCCCCGCCCCUUCGGGCACGCCGAUGCCCGCUCCCAGCUCCGCAACGAGCAUCGGCUACGGGUUCUCGGGGGUGUUGUCCGCCAUGCUCGUCGUGUGCGUCGGUCACGCCUUGCUGGCUUGGUAG